GUCAACAGCAGGAAAGGCGAAGACUACUCUGAACAAUUACAAAAAAAUCACAUACAGAUCUCAUAACUCGCAGUUUUUCUUGAGAAAACUUGUGAGAGCUUCGGGUCCUCUGCACAUUCUUCUAAUGAGACUUGAGAUAUUUCAACAGAAAAGGAGAGAAUAAUGGCAUCUGCAAGCAGCAACGAGUUUCAUCUUAUUGUCCCUAAUGAAUCUCAGAGUGCUGAGGUCAAACUGGGGUCUGAUGUCACCGUACCGUGUCAUCUGUCACCUGAAAUCAGCGCUGUUGACAUGGAGAUCAGGUGGUUUAAGGAGACAGGCUGUGCUUGUCUCUAUAAGAACAGAGAGGUGAUAGAAGGAAGGAGCUACGAUGGCAGAACAGGUCUGUCCACUAAAGAGCUGAACAGAGGAAAUGUUUCCUUGAACCUCAGAGAGUUCAGAGAAUCAGACAUAGGGGUUUACCUGUGUCAGGUCAUCAGUGAAGACAGAACAGAGGAAAUAACAAUAGGAUUAGAAGGGAGAAAUUAA